ACUUUGAGAACAGAUCACAUCAUGGAAUUUAUACCUGUGGUUGACUUCGAUGGCUACAAACUCGGUAUUGGGGAUGUCACUGACCAGAACCUGCAAAAGUUAUGCAAAGAACUUCGAAAGGCCUUCACCGAAGUGGGGUUUGUGUAUCUUAAAAAUACUGGAAUAGAUCAGAGAGAGGUGGAUCGUGUCAUGGACAUUUCUAAGAAGUUCUUCCUGCUUUCUGAAGAUGAGAAAAAACCCUUCAGUAGAGGCAGUUUCGUGAAUAAUUUAAAUCAUGGCUGGGUGUCCUUAGAAAGAGAAAGUUUGAACCCUCGAAAUCCAGGUGACUUGAAAGAAGCCUUCAAUACUGCAUCCUUGAGCCCAGAUAUUAAAUGGCCUUCUGAUGGUGUUAAUGGUUUCCGUGACAUCCAAGUCGGCUUUUUUCGACGUUGUAAGGAGCUUUCUCUUCGAGUAAUCAGGGUUUUGGCUCUCAGUCUAGGACUCGAUUCUGAUGUUUUUCUCAAGGCACACAGACUCAUUGGAAGUGAUAAGAAUGGCACCACCCUGCGCUCUCUUUAUUACCCUCCGGUGAAGGCUGAGAGCGUGAAGGAAGGUCAGCUCCGCUGUGGUGAGCACUCAGACUAUGGCAGCAUCACUCUUGUCUUCCAGAGCCAUGAGGCAGGCCUGCAGGUAUUAAAUUGCAAAGGGGAGUUUUUCUCAGCUCCAAGCAUUCCUGGAACAGUACUGAUCAACAUUGCAGAUCUGAUGCAGAGGUGGACCGGUGACGUGUUUGUGUCUGCUGUCCAUAGAGUUCUACUGCCUUCUGUGGGUGACUCAAACACAAGGCAGUCAAUGGCGUUCUUCGUGCAGCCGGACGAUGAUGCUAUCGUUAGCUGCUGUGAUGGCUCCAACAAAUAUCCUCCGGUGAAAGCACUGGAUUAUCUACUGGCAAGAUUUAGCGAGUCUUAUGGCAAAUAAAUAGACGUGUACUGCUUGUUGUGGUGCAGAUGAUUUUUAUUUUUCAUAAGUGUGAAUGUUCUUGUAAUCUUGUAAUGGAUUGUUACUCACUAGAGGGCGCACCUUACUUUGUACUCUCACUAUUGUUAGGACACUGAAAGGCCUAGCAAAUUGAAGCCUUUUUUCCAGAUCAGCCUCACUGAUAAGUAGCUUUCUUAAACUUCACAGCUAUUUAGUCCCAAUCCUUUAAGUUAUUUUCACCUUUUGCCUGUGGAAAUGCUCUUACUUUCAAAGCAAAAAGUUCUACUGGGUUUCUUUUGUUGUUGGUUUUUCACUUCUUCCUUCAAGAUGAUAGUUC